UAAUAAUAGCUAGGUUUCCAUUGACCUUUAUAUAUAAGUUUCCAUUCCAACAAUUAUUCUAUAUAACUUUGAAGUGAAGCUAAUUAUAAUACUUUCACCUCACCAAUACCACCUUUUAUAACAAACCCAUCUCAUUUUUCUAUCAAUUUCAUUGUUUAUAGAUCAUCAUAAGCCUAUAUGCCCCUUUCGUGAUCAAGAAUCAAGGAUUAUAUAAAUAUUUAGUAUUAAAAUAUCUGGUGGGAUUUUGUCAUUAUGAAAGACAAAAUGGAAAGGUUUCUUGUUCUUCCCUUCACUGCCGGUUGCAUCUCUCCUUCAAGUGUGGCUAUCACCAAUUCAACUCAUGUUUCUUCUCCACAACCUAAAAGAUCAAAGCUUGAUCCUCUUUUUCAUUCCUCAUCUAGAAUUCUUGUCCCUUCUCCUCCAGGGUUGAAUCAUCAGGAAUAUCACAAGGAAGGAACAUCAAGUGAUCAAAGCAUGAAGGGACCUCUUAAGUUGCCUGAUCAUUUCCUAAAACCUAAUAUUUCUUUAGGGGUUUUGAAGAUGUUUAAGAAUUUCAAAAUUAGCUUCUCCCAAUUAUUUGUGUUGAAGGAAGAACAUGAAUUGGAAGAUGAGAUGGAAAUAGGCCAUCCAACAGAUGUGAAACAUGUGUCACAUAUAGGAGCCGAUGGAUCUCACCUUGCAAAUCCAAUCAAGGGCUGGGAUUACUUUAUGAUACCACCUGAUCAUCAUCAUGAGUUCCUCUCCUUCACUCAUGCUACAAUUGCAGACAAUUCCAACUCCUCAUGAUGAAUACAAAAUAUGUACAAUUAAAAAAUCAAGCAAAUGAUUCUGAUCAUAAAAUUAAUAUCAUAUGAUUAAAUAUAUAUAUGCUAGGUGGAAUGCUAGUUUUCCACAUGGAUUAAUGCUUGGAUUUGUUUCUCAAUUUCUAUUGGGGUUUCCUUCAAUUUAAUACACUCCUUAUAAUAUAAUAGACUUGUUAUAAAGUAUUUAUAU